AUCAUUACAGCUUGAAUCUUGACAUUAAAACGAUAGAUAAAAGGUGCACCUGUAAAUGAGAGUGCAUAACAUAAACUUAAGAUGAAUCGAUAGAGAGUCCACUAAAUGUUUGUGUAAUCCAAAGUGGGGGAAAACGUGCUCAUCCCAAGAAAUUUGAGGGCAAAGCUGCGUGAUGGUUUCGUCUUCCAUAUUAUUUUAUUCAACCUUCACCAAAUAGCAGCGCAAUCCAAAAUGGCAGAGGCAGCCCAGAACCGAGUGAGUCAGCCAGAGAAAAUAGUUAUAGCCAACAAACAUGGUGAAAAGCUUGUGGGAUUAUUGCAUGAAACCGGUUCUAAAGAGCUUGUGAUCUUGUGCCAUGGUGCUCGAUCCCACAAGGGAGACAAUAUUAUGACUAAACUUGCUCUUGCUUUGGAAAAGGAAGGAAUUAGUGCUUUUCGUUUCGAUUUUGCUGGAAAUGGAGAAAGUGAAGGUACCUUUCAGUUUGGUCACUACUGGAGAGAGGUUGAUGAUUUACGUGCUGUAAUCCAACACUUCUCUAGGACAAACCAUACAGUAAGCGCAAUUAUUGGCCACAGUAAAGGAGGGGAUGAAGUGCUUCUGUAUGCUUCCAAGUAUGGUGAUGUUCGCACAGUUGUCAAUGUUUCUGGGCGUUAUGAUCUGAAUGGAGGCCUUGAGCUACGUUUGGGGAAAAACUUUAUGGAAAGGAUCAAGAAGCAAGAGUAUUUGGAUAUCAAGGAUAAGACAGGAAGUUUUGAUUGUCGUGUGACGGAGGAAAGUUUGCUCGAUCGCAUGAAUACUAAUAUGCAUGAAUCAUGCCUUAAGAUUGCCAAAGAUUGCCGGGUGUUGACAGUCCAUGGAUCUGAAGAUGACGUGAUCCCUGUUGGAGAUGCACUGGAGUUUGCCAAGAUAAUACCUAACCACAAGUUACAAGUUAUACAAGGAGCUGAUCAUUAUUACAGCGAUCACCAAGCCAAGUUAGCAUCAAGUAUUUUGGACUUCCUCAAGGCAGCUAUCCAAGAGGGCAAGAUUACUUCCAACUAGAUACUGUAGGCCAAACAGUAUAUAAGUUUCACAAGGUUAUGGCCUUGCAUUGUUUGUGGAAAAUGUGUUGAUAUCAGACAGUAUGGAGUCGUUUUUUCCCUAAUAUUGUGCUUAAUAACAGGCCAACAGGAUCCUCUUGUUAUCAUGGGGUUUACCAUACAAUUUGAUGAUGACACAUACCUCAUGUGAAGCAAUUGUAAGUUACAUUCUGCAUUUCUGCAGCAUCAAACACCAAAUAUGAUGAAAAACAUGAUUUAAAUUGA